GACGCGCUAUAUAAGGUCGCUGGCCUGGAGCCACCGCGCCGUCGGAGCAGGAGCGCUGAGCGCCCAGGCGCCCGGAGCGCACCGUUGCUCGAGGGACGCACCCCGUCUCGGCACGCACAGCCCUGCUACCGCCCAGCCUCCCGCACCCUCGCCGCCAGAACUGCGCCCCGAGCCCGAGGGAGGUGCCAUGCGGAGCGCGCCGAGCCAGUGCGCGGUAACCCGCGCCCUGGUCCUAGCCGGUCUCUGGCUGGCAGCAGCCGGGCGCCCCCUAGCCUUCUCGGACGCGGGGCCUCACGUGCACUACGGCUGGGGUGAGCCCAUCCGCCUGCGGCACCUGUACACCGCCGGCCCCCACGGCCUCUCCAGCUGCUUCCUGCGCAUCCGAGCCGACGGGGGGGUUGACUGCGCGCGGAGCCAGAGCGCGCACAGUUUGGUGGAGAUCAGGGCAGUCGCUCUGCGGACCGUGGCCAUCAAGGGCGUGCACAGCGUCCGGUACCUCUGCAUGGGCGCCGACGGCAGGAUGCAAGGGCUGCUUCAGUACUCUGCUGGGGACUGUGCCUUCCAAGAGGAGAUCCGCCCCGACGGCUACAACGUGUACCGGUCCGAGAAGCACCGUCUCCCCGUCUCUUUGAGUAGUGCCAUACAGAGGCAGCUGUACAAGGGCAGAGGGUUUUUGCCCCUGUCCCAUUUCUUGCCCAUGCUGCCCGGCAGCCCAGCAGAGCCCAGGGACCUCCAGGACCACGUGGAGUCGGAGAGGUUUUCUUCACCCCUGGAAACAGACAGCAUGGACCCUUUUGGGAUUGCCACCAAAAUGGGGUUAGUGAAGAGUCCCAGCUUCCAAAAGUAACUGAGGCUCUGGCCUCCCUCCCUCCCUCCCUCCCUCCCUCCCCCGCCUGUAGAGGCCAGGACCCCAGACCUGGCGUGUUUGCAAACUGGGUUCCGGCUGUGCUUCUACGAGUACAACCCUGUUCCUUUUAGCUUUAGGAAGAAACGUAGAGAACUUGUACGUAAACAGAGUUUUACAUUGGCUGUGCCAGCUCUUAGCGGAUAGACUUGCAUGAUCGUGAAAUUGUAAGCCCUCCCGCACCCAGCACCUUCACCAUUGCUGGAUGAUUGGCUGUGGGGCCCUGAUACUGCUUGAAUAUCUCCACGGACCCGGGAGCUCACUACCUUUGGGAAGGUACUUACCGCCAAGCUGAAAUCUCCUGCAGUUCUCCGUCGUCUCCUGCGGGGGGGGGGGGGGGGGGCAGCCGGAAGAAAAGACGCCAUUUGGAACUUGUACGGGGAUCAGCUUUGUGAAACCUUGGGAAAAUUGGACUCCACCACAGGAGAAUUGAUGGAAGGUGGCAACUCCAAGGAGGUUCAUUGACUCUCCCCAACUGCCCCCCACCCAGGGCAGAACCGACCGACGGCCCCCCAGGCUUCAGGAACAGGGGGAGCCCACAGGCCGCCUCCAGCCUGGGUAAAUCUUGAGAACUCCCGACUACGGCUGGUUCUGGGACAGAUCACCGUCACCAGACUCCUUGGCAAUCUGCCCAGGGCACACUGGGAAGUCACUUGCUGCCCCCCGGACGGCCAGCGCCCUGCACGAACCCACCGCGUGCCGGGGCUCAGACUGGUUCCCCCAAGUGCACGGCCACCUGGCCACCUGCUCAGAGGGACGGGAUGCGAGGACAGUGCCGGCAGCCCUUGCCGUGACGAUGCGGGUUUCCACGGGAUCCCGUCUGCUUGGGUCACGUGGGUUUCCCACGAGCGCCCCUCGGGUCGGAAACCCACAGGCCUACCCCCUUCCCGCUCCCACACACGAUGCCGUGGCUCUGGCGUUCUCUGCCCCCUUAAGCGCCGUGGGUACGGACCAGAGAGGAGCCCACACCAUCUUCUGGGGCUGCUUCCGUUUCCCCAGCCCCGUGCCGGCUCCACGUCUCGCUGUGCCACGGGACUCGACGGCCUCCCUCCUUAGGCAGACCGGCACAUUUCAUUCAAAGAGCCAGAGGAGGUUGGACUCGCAGCCCCGGAUCUCGGCCAGUCACCUGCGGAAGCAGCCGGGGAGAGGGGGCCUUUUCCCCAGCACUUAGUUUCCCACGCGGUAUUUAUGAGUAAUUUAUUUUGUUUGAUAUGUACAUCUCUUUAUUUUCUUACUUUAUUUAUACCGCCCCCCAAGUUGUAUUUAUGACGGACGUGAGUUUUGUUUUCUACAUUAAAGCACAAUUUGUACCAGAAGUUA